CGCAGCACUCACCCGCUGCUGGGAAAAAGAAACCGAAAGAGAGAAGCAGUGACUUCACAACUCGGCUCGGUGGCUGGAGAUUACUUUCACCAUGUCUUCAGAUGAGCAGCAUGUCAUUCUGUCUCCACGUGUCGGUCACUCUUCUCGGCUCUCCGUCGCGCCGCAGAGCUCCAUGCCGGCGUGUGUGCGCGCGCAUCGGGGCGGAGAAGAAAAAAAGAUGUCCCCCGCACCUUCCGCCCCGCGUCACCGACACGUCGCCCUCUGCUUCUCUGUGGAUAUUGAGGAGCAGACGGGAGGAAGGAGGCGGACUGCCGCGGUUUGACACUCAGAGGAGUGAAACAACUUCAACGACACCCGAAGUAAACAAAGAGUCGUUGGAGAUCAUAAAGAUGUCCCCGGACAGUUUGGAGGAGAUCAAGACUUCCAUCGCCUUCUACAAGACAAAACAUGACGAGCUGAUCCAGGAGCAGCGGGACACGGUCGCCGACCGGGACGCCCAGCUGGACAUGGCUCAGAAGUUCAGGCAGCGCUCGAAAAAACUGCUCCGGGAUCUGAUCGAGGGCCACUGCUCCAACGAAGAGCAGAUUGGAAUAGAAAAGGCGAAGGUGAUCGAGAUGAAGAGGACGGAGAGCGAGUUGACGGAGGAGAUCUGGAGAGUUCAGGAAGCCCUGAAGAGGCAGGAGGCCGACAUCGAGCAGCAGCAGCAGCAGGCCGACGUGUUCACCGCCGCCCCGGAGAGGCCGGUGGUCUUCACGGGCUCGACGGGCUCGGCGGAUCUCGCAGCCGGAGCGUUUGCCAUGGCGCCGCGUGUCGUUUACCCGAUGGAGGGCGGCUCGGUGCUCGUCACCUUCGAGGAGGAAGUGGUGGCCAAUAAGAUCCUGGACAUCCGGACGCAUCGGGUGUCUCUGGGACCGGACUGCCGCAUCAGCAUGGAGGCCCGGCCGGUGCGGCUGAUGCUGCCCAGCCUGGUGGAGAUCGACACCGAGGUGAGUCCGUGGCACAUCCUGGUCUCCGAGCUGCCGGCCAUGGACACGGACACGCUGCUCAGCAAGCUGGAGAUCCACUUCUCCAAGCAGCGGCACGGCGGCGGCGAGGUGGAGCGCUGCGAGCUGCUGCCGGACGCCCACAGCGUGGUCAUCGCCUUCCUGGACGACCGCGUUGCCAAACGCCUGACGGAGAAGGAGCACCACGAGGUGGCGCUGCCGCACAAGAAGCACAAAGUCAGAGUGACUCCUUUCUUCAAUGGGAAGGUCACCAACUUAGAGACCAAGAUGACGGUUUGUCGUCGGACGGUUCUUCUGACGGGGAUCCCCGACGUCAUGGAGGCCGAGGUCCUGCAGGACCUGCUGGAGAUCCACUUCCAGAAAGGCGGCAACGGCGGCGGAGAGGUGGAUCACUUCCUGUACAACCCGCCGGGCCGCCGCGCCUCGGCCGUGUUCGGGGGCGCCGACUUCAAGGAGGAGUGAGACGUCCGCGGGGUCCGCCCCCAGAGACGAGCGCGUCUCACGUUCAAUCAGAGGGGAGUCUGGGUAAUUUAAAGUGAGCUUUCAAACUUCGUAAAACAAACCUCCAGCUCGUUGCUCCUGGUGAUUUAUUUACUACAGUCAGACAUGAAGAUAGUUUGGGGUUUAUUCUGUUUAGCUAAUAUUAUUAUGGCACAUAGUGUGAUUAUAACGGUGCAAUAAGGAAUUAUUCAUCUUCAAGCAGUUGUAUUACACAUGUAAAUAUCCUGCUGUUGCUGCAAGGAAUCUGUUAUAAUAAUGGAGAAAAAGAUUAAAAUGUAUUUGUUUUCUUCACAAAGGAGGAAAUGGUUAAUUCAAGUGAUCUGAAGACAACCAGCGGAAAUAAUUAAUUCCUUUAUACUAAAGCCCUGAACAUGAUUUAUUUAAAUGUGGAAAUAAAUAAAAAAAAUCAAAGAUUUAAA